ACGAAAAUGGAGGAAAACGGCGGGUUCAAGUCUGACUACACGCCUUGAAUCACCAUUCCAAUCGAAUAUCAUUCACAUAUAUUACUCCCAUGCCGGACACGACGACGGAGGACUCUUGGUCGAACGUGUGGACAUGUGAGUGACGCGCCGUGAUGUCACCGUCCGACGACAGUAAAUGACAGGGUUGCUCAGUCAUCCAAAAUAAGACACAGUGACAUGAUGGAGGCUGAACGCGUCUAUGUGGAGGCUGAACAGCCAGACGAGGUCUACAUGGAACACCAGUACAUGUGCAGCGAGUGCCAUCAGCUGUUCAACACCCUGGAGGACGUGCUGGUCCAUCAGCAGAUUCACACUAGUCAAGAAGGCGAAGGAGAGACCGGCGAGACGGACCAAGUCCAGCAGUACCAGUGUCUGGAGUGUGGGACCAUCCUCUUCAACUCAGAGGAGCUGCUUCUUCACCAGGAAAUGCAUAUGAGGGAGGCUGAGCAACAAGAGCUCAAUGAGGCUCUGGUGCCUGAAGAUUCUGGUUCUCAGAUUCCCAGACCAGUCCAGUACCAGUGUCUUGACUGUUUGGCCCUGUUUGACUCACCUGAUACUUGGCUGGAGCACCGCAGAAGCCACAGCACGAGCACCACACACAGCCACAUGGAGACCAUGGAGUACAUGCUCCAACCAGACGGGACCGUAGCUCCUGUCAACAACAUGCAGAACUUCGUGCUGAGUGAGCGUCAGGCUGGGGAGAUCUUGGCACAGGUGUUUGCACAGCAGCAACAGAAGAAAGGCUACUCUCAGGUCUCCAAAUCUGGCUCACGCUCCUCUCUGCUGCCUCCAGUGACGCCCACCCCGGGCUUGGCAGCUAUGCAACUUCAGAUUCUGACUGCUCAAGCUUUGGCUGACAGCUCCGGCUUGCUCGGUCAGAGAAAGCGCAGCGCCCGCAGAGUGGAACUGAGUUUGGCUCCCAGCGGCCGCAGUGACACCCAGCGGCAGGCGGCUGAGAUGGUCGUCAUCCACCCGUAUGAAUGCUCCGAAUGCUCCCUUCUCUUCCAGACCCCGGAGGACCUUCUACAACACCAGGAGGCGCACUUCCUGGGUCAGGACAAAGAGAGUGCAGAGGCAGGGCUCAUGAGCGGCUUUGAGGAAGCAGACAAGACCGCCGACAGCUUGACAAUAACACAACCAAUAGUGGAGAAGAAAGGGGCAGUGUGGUCCAAGCCACAGAAAUGCACAAUGUGUGACCGCACAUUCAACUCUGCCAACCGUCUGAGCGCCCACCAACGUGUGCACGAGGUGGGUACUCACGAAUGCAGCGAAUGCGGCAAGGUCUUCAAGAAGGAGGCAUCACUGCAGGCACACAUGCGCACUCACUCAGGCGUGGCCAGGUAUCUGUGCGUGGACUGCGGCCAUGGCUUUACCACAGAGAUGACCCUGAUCAUGCACAGGAAGUCGCACACUGCAGAUCCCUUUCACAAAUGUCAGUUCUGCAACAAAACCUUCCCGAACAUGACCAAAUACCUCUACCAUCGGCGAACACACCUCAGCCUUGACGCCUCUGGCGUGCUGACCCCCAAUGCUACCACCAGGGUGGAUGCUGCUCCACGUCGAGCCUCUCUGUCUACUCUGGCCAUCCUGCAGAGAGUGAGGGAGAAGAAGAACGCUCACCUGAUAGCCCCCCUCACAGAGGAGGAGAUGGAGAAGAUGGACCAGGAUCCCGCGGGGGUCUCUCAGAGCAGAAGUAAGGUGGCCAAGCAAGCAGAGAAGAUGAUUGAGGAUGCAGUAGUGGCAGCAGCUGAAGAAGGUUCAGCUCCCAAACCUCCUGAGGAAGUUGCAUCCAGCUCAGCAGGAAGUGAUCAGGCUGAAUUGUCAUAUAAACAACCAUUCACUUGUCAGACCUGCUCCAAAACGUUCCUCUCGCAGCUGCAGCUCAUCCAUCACCGUCGCACAGCACAUGCCCCCGAACGCAGAUUCUUGUGCGGCAUCUGCGGUAAGUCUUUCAAGAAGCAGAUCCACGUGCGCAAUCAUAUCCGCACACACACAGGCGAGCGGCCGUUCCAGUGCGCCGACUGCGGCAAGACCUUCUCGUCCCUCGCCAAUCUCACGCGACACAACCUCAUCCACACUGGCCUGAGGCCUUACCGGUGCAACUGGUGCCACCGCUCCUUCUCACAGUCAUCUAACCUACACCAGCACAGCCUGCUCCACUUUGGGGGGGCCGGGCUGAACUGCCCCGACUGUCCCGCCACCUUCCGCUGGGCCAAAAAGCUAGCAGCACAUCGUUUUAUGCAUCACCCGGGAUCUCCAGCCCCCUUCCCGUGUCCUCACUGCGAUGACGGCUUCCUAACGAAGAGGCAACGGGACAGCCACUGUUUAGAGCAGCACGCCGUCCUGCCCCUAGGUGGACAUACCGGAGUGGUGGGCGCCUCCUGCAGCCAACAAGACGUCAAAUCAGAGGCGUCCACCUCAACAGCAUACAGCGGCAAAUUAGAAGAUUCUAGUAGUGUUACACAAGGAGGCCUGGACUGCAAUAUCUGCGGCAAGAAGCUCAACUCUGCCACCAACCUGCGACUUCACAAACUAAGCCACUUUGGUGCUGGGCGGCCACGCGGCGCCUUGGGGAAGCGGGCCAAAGCCCACCAGUGCCUUGUCUGUGGCAAAUUCUUUGCGUCCACCUCCAGCGUAGCGCUGCACCAGAGGGUCCACACUGGCGAGCGCCCUUUCCCUUGCCAGGAGUGCGGCAAGCGCUUUCGCCAGAACACACACUUGCGUGAGCAUCUGCGCACACACUCCGGGGAGCGGCCAUUCAGCUGCGAGGAGUGCGGGAAGGGCUUCAUCCAGAGCAUGCAUCUGGCCGAGCACCGCCGCACACACACGGGCGAGCGGCCGCACAUUUGUCCCCAGUGCGGCAAGGCCUUCAAGACCUUCUCCAACCUGAGGAACCACAAGAAGACGCACAGCAGGCAACAGAGGUUGGACAAGGAGGCCGCCGCCCAAGGUGCUGUGGCAACAACCAGCUCGACUGUGACUGUGGUGGAGGGUUCUGCAGUGGAACUAGCCAAGGGGCAGCCUCACCUCAUCCAAAUUCAUUCAUCUGAUGGUCAAAAGGGCACCCCGACUAUCAUGUGCAACGAGUUUGGGGAGACCAUCGCCAUCAUUGAGAGCAGUGAGGGUGGGGCACUGCCUCUUGAGCAGGCCCUGGAGAUCUUUCACACUGCGUUGGAGAACGGUCUCGCCGUGGAAGGAAUGCAGCUGCUCUGAGGACAAAUAGCUGUCAACCCCAAAAAAACAAACAUAAUAAAUGCGUACAAAUGACUGAUUAGUAGCAGAUUAUGUUUUUUGUUGUACGUCACAUAUCGAGGACAAUGUAUUUUAAAUGUAAAAAUAAGUGCUUUUAAAAUGGUUGAGCUUCUGUAUAAAUGAGUUGUACCUCAAUACCUUUUUUAAUGAUUAUUUUUAUUUUAUAUUUCUGUGAACCGGAUGUGACAGCUGCCACCAAAAUGUGUUAACUAACUCAAAUGUUUUUGGUUUGCAUCACCACCAUCGUUCACCACCUUGUCCACCUAAUUGCUUUUUUAUUGGCAUACUGAAAGUUACAGAUACAAAAAAAAUGUUUUUGUCUCUUGGAUACUGGAACAGCAAAAACAAGAAGUAAAACACAAAAACAUUUAA